AAAAUGAAGUUAUUUACAAGCGUUGCUGCCAAAUUAACCCAAGAUUUAGAAGAUUUACUUUGCCAAAACACGGAUGGAUGUCUGAGUGAGAGUGCUGUUAUACAAGAACUCGUGUCAAAAACUGGUUUAAUGUUAUUGCAGACGGGUACUGUGUGGGAACUCGUCGGCAGCAUCCAGUCCGUGUAUAACGCUUAUGUAGCAUUGUCAAGACUCCUAGACACAGAGUUUCAGAUCAAAGUAGACAAUUUGAUGAUAGAAAAUGAAGUUAGUUUAAGGAAUUCAGGUUUAAGUGGUUCCUCGGAAUUGAAAAAUGAAAAGAGGAGGUUACACAGAACUGUCGAUGACUUCACAGGUUUACAAGCGGACGGUGAGAUUUUGAACAAAGACUCGGACAAAAAUAUCAGCCGUGAUGGAUUGAAAAGGAGAAUUAAAGUUCCAGAUCCUGUGGUGCUUUCGUUCAAUAUCGAUGAUAACUCAGGAGAAUAUACUCUGUCUGAUGCUGUAGUCAAGUCCCGCAAUGAAAAACAUGAAUGGCAAACUACAGCAGCUGACUCAGAAACAAGCACUGACGAACUGACAAUGCUGAACAAAUGUGAUAGUAAAUUGGCAACACCAAAUCAACUUCCUGAAAGUCAAGUACGUUUAACUAGAGAGACUGAAGUAAAUAAAAAUACAAAUAAUUGUGUUAAAAGAACCACAGUUUCUGAAAAGGAGGCCGAGGGUUCAAAAAAGUUAAAGAAGACAAGGAAAGAAAGGAAAGUGCACAACAGCAAUAAUGAAAAAACUGAUUUGAAAGCUGUGGGGAAAAGAUCAAAGAAAAAGAGGAGAGGUAAAAAACAAAUGAAAACAACUGAUGAGGGUUGUAUUGAUUCAGAAAAGCAGACCGACAACAGUGAUGAUAGUAACGAAUCAGAGAAACAAGAAAUUGAAAGGAAGGAUAUGUAUAUUGAAGCGGAUGUGGUUAAAGAAUCGGAAAAAUUUGAGUCAGACUCAGAUGAUGUAUCUGGUGAUGGAGAUAUGUCAGAAGAGGAUUCUGAGAAUAAUGAUUCCAGAAACAAAUCAAAAUCUCACCCUCAAACUGUAACAUCAAACCCAACCCUAAACAAGAAAAAUAAAUGUAAUUUGUGUGACUAUGUUGGUAAACAUUCCCGUGAUUUAGGACAACAUAAAAUGAAAAAGCACCUUGACAAUGUUCUUAAAUUGGAAGAAUACAGUAGUGUUAGAGAACUUGAUGUAUCAAAGAGUGACAAUAUGCUUUACAAGAAAGUGGAGGAACAGGGCCUUAAACACAUUGAUCUCAAAGCCAAAAAUAUUCCUUGUCAAAUCAAAGACUGCAAGUUUGUUGCUAAACUAAAACACAACAUGAUUGAGCACUAUGCAAGGAUGCAUUCCGUGAAGAACCUUAAAUGUAAAUUCUGUAACGCUCUAUUUUCCCUGUAUAGGGAUUUAAAAAGGCAUCUUAAGCACCAUAGUACUCAGUUUGCUUGUGAUAAAUGUGGAAAAAUGUAUAAGAGCUCUAGAACCUUUAGUGCACACCAGAAGACUCAUGAAGAGAACUUUGUUAAACCAGAAUACGAGUGCAGUACAUGUGGUAAAAAAUUCAGCACAAAAUACGUCCUUAGGUAUCACAUCAAGUCAGAACAUAUGGGGCAAAAGAAAUCAUUUAUAUGCCCUACAUGUGGUAAAAGUUUUACACAGAAACAAUCAUACAUCAUCCAUGCCAACGUCCAUCUUGGAAUACGACCUUUUGUGUGUGAGGUCUGUGGUGUUUCCUUCCCUUAUGAAAAGUCUCUGAGAGAACACAAGUACAUGCAUGAAGAGGGCAAAAAAUUCAAAUGUGAAAUCUGUGGUAAGCAAUUUAAGCAGCCCUCAUCUCUUGGCACACAUCUGAAAAUUCACAAAGAAACAAAGGAUCAUCUGUGCAAGGUGUGUGGGAAAGGCUUUACACAGAGGCAGGCAUUGCUGCGACAUGAACGAGUUCACUCAGGGGACAAACCCUUUUCUUGCAGCAUUUGUACCAAGAACUUUAACGACGCAUCUAUCAUUCGGAGACACAUGAUCCUGGUACACAAAAUCAACUCUAAGGACUGGAGGUCUUUCAUUCAGACUAACACUCCCAGACAGUCAGAUCAUUUUGUUCAGAUUCUGAACGGAGAACUACAACCACAACUGAAAAAAAGAAGACCCCCAAAACAUGUGGAUGCAGAUGGUCACAACAGUUCAAAGGACUUGCAAAGUAAAGUGGGUUCGAAUGUUGACUCAAGAGCUCAUGCUCCAUUGGCCCUGAGUUCCAUGGCGUCUUCAGGUACACACCAACAAAACAGUGCCCUGGUAGAAUCAUCAGGAUCCGAAACAUCUGACAUGAUUCCUCAGGGACACAUGAAUACUCUGCCAAAUUCUCAGACUCUUACUAGUAUACACAGCCUUAAUAAUGUAUCUCCACUUCACCAGGGACAAGGGGAGUGUGCAGUGUAUGAUAAUUACUUUACUGGUCUCCCACCCACAAAUUACAACUCUGUACACGCUAAAUCUAAUGAAGCAGGGAUUGGGGAACAGCUAAAUGCAAUUUACCCAAUUCCUGUCCGGCCAGCUGUGUCAGAACCUCUUCUGCACCAAUACAUGCAUCUUGCAUCAAAUUACAGCCAGUAUAAUCAAAGUUAAUAGGUGAACAACUACAAUGAGAGAAAAAGUCCCUUGCAGAUGCAAAUAUUUUUUAAUUUUGUAUAAAACAGUAGCUUUAUGUUUGUUAAACUGACAGCUGAUGUAUUGGUUGAAGAUUUCAUUCUGUAUUAAUGAAUACCAGUACCUAAACAUAUAUGAUCAUAUAUACAUCUAGUUAAUGCGCUUUUGAUUUGAAAUGUGUACUUGGGAUUCACUGAAAUUAUCUGCACUUUCUACCUUCAAUUGCUUUUUAAAAGAAAAUUUAACAAACAGGAUUUUUUUUUCUUUUUAAAAUUAAAUUUAAAAGAAAAUGCAGAAACCAUUAGCUAUAGGUAUGAGAUUAUAUAUUUUGAAUAUAAAUUUUGAAAUUUCAAUUGUUUCCAAAAAAUUACAUCUAUGAACUUAUAAAACUGUGAACUGUGAUUGAAUUGACUCAAAAUCUACUGCAAUUUUGCACUACAUGUAUCAAGUAAAUGGUUUUUUGUUUUGUUUUUGUUUUGUUUUUAUUUUUUUUUUUUUGCAUAUUUUUUCUUUUUACAGCAUUUUGAUUUUUUGCAGUGUGUUGAUAUGAUUAUCUCUGAGCUUGUUUUAAAUGUUAAUUUUUUUUAAAGAUAUUAUACAUUUAUUGCCCACCAGAUGCUAAAUGUACUGUACUCUGGAAUUAUAAUUAUUGUUGAUGUCCAUGUGAAUGACAACAGA